UGAGGCGGGAACCGGGAGAAGAGGCACACAUGAGCGUCUAUGAGAACGAGACAUGUAGAUAGCUAUGUUCUACAGGGCUAGGCUGUGCCACGUGUGUGUGAGUGUGUGUGUGCGCGCGCGUUUGUGUGUGUGUGAGAGACAGCCUAUGUGUGUGCGCGCGUGUUGCAGCUGCCUGUCCCCGCAGGCUGGGGAAUAGCUGUAGAUUUGCCUUUUGGCUGCGGACUGUGUGGGCUUUGCUAGCCCUGACGGCUCCCUAUGUUAGUCGCUGCUGGCUUCCUUCGGCUUACCAGCGCCAGCAAGGAAACGAGCAAGUUAACUUCUUUUGUAGCGAGCCCGGUUUAUUCGCAGGCUUCGGUUGCCUCCCGAUCUGCAGCAACGGCGGCCGCUCGAGAAGCGACGGAGAAACCUCCGGGGAUCUGCUCGACUCUCCCCUUUGGUUGCUGUCUUCGGACGAACCAGCCGCUGUCUUGCGUGACCCGCCGCCUUCGACUCCGGUUGCAGCCUGUCGCGUCUGGCUGCUCGUCUAAGACCGCUCGAUGCCUUCGCCGUGAACUCGAGGAGGAGCGAGAUCGGCGCGCCUGCGCGGGAGAGGACGAGGAUGGGGAGGACGAGGAUGAGAUUCAGGAGGUGCAAAUAACGGGGGACGAGGAGGGCGCCGAUGGGGGACUCCUGCUGCUGGACGACGACGAGGAAGAAGAAGAGGACGAUGUGAUGAUGGGACUUGCGUGGGACCCCGAGGAAGAGCCGGGCCAUAUGAUUCGUAUGGACCAAAGCUCCAGGGCGCUGCUGGAUAAAGCUGCGGCUGCUGUUUGCGGCGUCAGGGGCAGCCUCGGAGGGGUCAGAAGAGGGGGCACAGGGGCCAUCGGGGCCGCUGCAGGUGGCGCCCCCUCGGUGCCGGUGAGCGCCCGCGGUAUGACCACUUCGGUCGUUAGCAAAGCGGUGGCACCGCUUGCCGCCGAGGACUCAGACCCGGAGGCGGAGUUGCUCCUGCAGCGCCCCGAGCGGGCUCGGCUGAGCGAGAACACGCGCUUGGCCACCCGGUACGCGGUGCGCAUCUUCCGCGAGUACCUGAGCGAGAAAGCCCAAAGCCCCGACUUCGAGACCAUGGACAAGGGGGCGCUGUGCCGCGUGUUACGCUCUUUCUACGCCGAGGCGCGCUCCAAAAGCGGGCAGCUCUACUCCAAGUCGUCGCUCAUCAGCAUCCGUAGCUCUCUCAACCGCUACCUCAACGAACCUCCUUACUGCCGCACCCUCGACCUCACCAAGGAUCCGGAGCUGCGCGCCGCUAACCUGACUCUGGCCGCUGUCAUCCGGAAGUUGGAGGAGCAGGGCGCCGGGCCGGUGGUGCAAAAACAAGCCAUUACGCGCGCUGACCUUAGGAAGCUCUACACCUGCAACGUGUUCAGCACGCAGAGUCCCUUCGGGCUCCUUAACAAGGUUUGGUUCGAGACGUGCAUGUACUUCUGCACGCGGGGCCGCGAGAACCAGCGCGAGCUGGAGGAGGACUCCUUCGGGUUGGCCAUGGACGAGGACGGGCGCAAAUUUGUCUACUUUAAGGCCCUGGGGCCGUAUCAUAAGUCGCGCUCGUCGUCUUGGAGCAAAAAGCGCGCCGAGAGCAGCGACGAGGAGAAUUUGCCGCGCAUGUACGAAACCGGCACGGAGUUCUGCCCUUACGCCAGUUUUGUGAAAUACUUGGCGAAGCGUAACCCGCUCUGCAAGGCCUUUUUCCAGCGCCCGCGGGACCACUGCAGCGAGGGCGACGUCACCUGGUAUGAGAACAAGGCCAUCGGCAAGAACCUGCUGGGCACCCGCAUGCAGAUGCUCUCCAAGGCGGCCAAGCUUUCCAAGACUUAUACUAACCACUGCAUCGGCGCAGUCUCCAUCGCCACCCUCAACAGUAUCGCCGGCAUCGGCACCAAGCUGACUUCAGGGACCACCGGCGGAGGAGGUUUCUAUGGCCUCAACGGCAGAGGCCGCCUCCCACCCAUUCCCGCCAACAAUACUUACAUUCUCCCCAAAGACGGCGACAACCACCCCAGCGUCAAGGCCGAGGCGGCUGCUGUUCUGGUGCCGACCAAGCGCUCCCACGAGGCCAUGUACGCUGCCGGGGGCGGGGCCGCGGUAGUGGGAGAUGCCUGCGGCCCUUCCUCGUCCCCCAAAAGACUUUGUCUCAGGCCUGCCGAGCCCCUCGACACCGCUGCCGUCGUGGUGGUCUCGGUGAAACACGACCCCUUGCCUCUCCUCAUACCUGAAGCCAACGGGCCGAGAAGUACCAACUCUCCCACAGUCAUUUCACCUGCAAUGGUUUCCCCCACACAGGACAGUCGGCCCAAUAUGUCAAGACCUCUGAUCACUAGGUCCCCUGCAUCUCCUUUGAACAAUCAAGGCAUCCCCACACCAGCACAACUCACAAAAUCUAAUGCACCGGUUCAUAUUGACGUGGGUGGGCACAUGUACACCAGCAGCUUGGCCACACUAACUAAAUAUCCCGAAUCAAGAAUUGGGAGGCUAUUUGAUGGCACAGAGCCCAUUGUUUUGGAUAGCCUGAAGCAGCACUACUUCAUCGACAGAGAUGGCCAAAUGUUCAGAUAUAUUUUGAAUUUUCUACGAACUUCAAAACUGCUCAUCCCGGAUGAUUUCAAGGAUUACAGUUUGUUAUAUGAAGAAGCAAAGUAUUUUCAGCUUCAGCCCAUGCUAGGGGAAAUGGAAAGAUGGAAACAGGAUCGAGAGACAGGCCGGUUUUCGAAAUCUUGUGAGUGUUUGGUUGUACGUGUUGCUCCGGAUCUUGGAGAAAGAAUUACUUUGAGUGGAGAUAAAUCUUUAAUAGAAGAAGUUUUCCCAGAAAUUGGUGACGUAAUGUGCAAUUCAGUCAAUGCAGGUUGGAAUCAUGACUCAACGCAUGUCAUCAGAUUUCCAUUAAAUGGAUACUGUCACCUCAAUUCAGUUCAGGUACUUGAAAGAUUGCAACAAAGAGGAUUUAAAAUUGUUGGCUCAUGUGGGGGAGGAGUGGACUCUUCCCAAUUCAGUGAAUACGUUCUUAAGCGAGAACUAAGAAGACCAUCUCGUUCAUCUUCAGUCAUUCGAAUAAAACAAGAACCUCUGGACUAAGGACACUUUUUCUUAUGCAACACAAGGGGAACCUUUUUCAUGUGCAGUUGGGACACCAAACAGCUUUAGAAUGAAAAGUUGAAUAAAGAUAUGUUUAUAUCAAAUAUAGAGACCAUGCCUGUAUUCAGAUGAGAGCAUUUGGAAUAGUAAUAAUAACUACAAGGUGUAAAAUAUGUAUAUGUGAACCAUUACGUUUGCAAAAGAAAAUAAAAAUGGGUAAGUGAGGUUGGUGCUGUGAUGGACAUUAAGUCUCCUAGGCCUUAGUAAGGCCUGAUUGACCGUGAAGAAGCCAUUGCCAUUACUGGAAGCUAACAUCUCUUUUCUUUUUUCCAUUAUUAAAUGGCAGUCUGCUUUUCAGUGUACACAUCUUGAAUCAAGUUUACAGAUGCCUGUUUUGGAAGUGACUGAAGAGAACUCCAGAAGAGUUUUCUUCAUCCAUUGCAAAAGAAAAGGUCAUAAACAAGGAUUUAAAAUGUAGCUAUUACAGAAGUCAUACACUUCUGCCCACCUGACAGAUGUGAACAUUUUUCUCUCUUUCUAAAAAGGAUCUAGAAUUUAUUAUUAUAUAGUAGAGUGGCCCUGGUUUGAAUCUAAUGAAUUCAAAGCGUUUUUUUAACUUGCUAAUAUAUGAAGUAUAAUAAAUUCACUUAAAAGGAACUAUUAAAAUCAGCAUUAAACAACGAGAUAAUUUUUUAAAAAAAUAUAGCUUUUAACUUUCAUGCAUUUACAGGCUGCAAUGCCAUACACACUUAUCUGAGAAUCAGUCUUACUGAUCUCAGGAGAUACGUAUAGAAUUGCACUGUAAACGAUGAAUUCUGUUUGGGAAAAAUAUGAAGGCAUGAAGAAAUUAGUAAAAAAAAGUGGUAUCCUCUAAUCCAUUGUAGCAAAAGAAAAUCUGUUGCACUUUAUAGUGCUACUUUCUCUUCUUCACUGAUUUAAGCCUUGUUUGAAAAGGUGGCUGUAGAUAAAAUCCCAAUGCUAGUCUUAGAAUUUUAUAGAUUUUUUUAAAGACUUGGUAAAGCAAUUAAUUGGAGAUUUACAUAAUUCAAGUACACCUAACACCUCUGCUUGGUAUAGCUUCAUCAGUGUUUUUAGAUUUGUCCUCUUGAAUCUUAUAUUCAAUUGUUUUUUACAACGUAUGCUUCCAUUUUGCAUUAUUUUGCCUUUUUCAAAACAGGAAAGUUAGUUCUCUACCACCAUCAUCAUCAGGGAUCCCAGGGUUACUGGGAGUUCAUUCACUUUGUACUAAUUCAUUACUUUGUUACUUUGGUAUCUGAAGUCAUCUAUGUUUAAUCUACAUUUUUAUUAAAAUAACAAAUGCCAUAUUGUCAGGACCCUUAAGAAUAAUUAUUGGCUGUUGGUUCUUUUUCCCCAAUAUGAGUCAAAAAAUUACUGAGAAAACGUUUAUUAGUUGGCAAAAUGCAUACUGCAUUAUAAUGGGGUAUAUUGCAGUUGGAGUUUCUCUUUUUUUUUUUCUUUACCUAUUUUUUAAUGUGAAGUUUGGAAAAAGAAAUGUUUUUUUUUUAAAAAAAGAAUGAAAAAGGAGCAUGAAUAAAUCUGUAAAAAUAAAAGAAUAGUGCAUUGCUUAAGUUGAUUUUAAUAAGACUUUUAUGUUACAUGUUUUAAAGAUCCUCUUCUCAAGGACCAACAUAGUUCCCCCCUUUUUGUCAUAUUAACUAAGUGGAUUUGGAAGAGAUUGCAAAUUAUACUACAGAAGCCCCAAAGUGUUGAGAAAAUGAUGCUUUCCUUGCCUACUCCUCUCUUUCCUUGCCUACUCCUCUCCUAUUACAAUAUCCUUUCCUAAAAAGAAUCUUUCUAUGUACAAUCUAACAUCCAUCCAAAAUAGCUCUAAUCAAUAAAAGCUAAAAGCAUUACCAAUGAGGGUUUUUAUUUAAUGUGAAAUAACCUAAUCACAUACAGCAAUUGAAAGAAUAAAUCCCUAAAAUAUGUUGAUUAAAAUAGAGCACAAGUAAUCUUGUGCCAUUCCAGAAGUGAAGGCUUGUAAAAUUGAUAUAAUCUCAUUUAUCUAAUGUCUUAUGUAUCAUAAGCAGUUAAGGUAAAAAUGAUGGAUGGCAAUGAUAUUAACAUACAGUUUCAUUGAGAAGGUAUAUUAAAUUUGUGUUCCCAAAUCUGUAAAUUUGGACCAUAGCAGUAAUAACUGCAUUGCUGUAUUUGGAUUAUUGUUAUAUGCUUAUUUUUUUAACGGGAAUUAGCUUUAAUGGAUGUGCAUUUUUAUCUUAUUUUGCACUAUGGUAAAACGGAAGGAAUACAAAAGUUGGAAAAAUAUUCCUUUUUAAUCAGAAAAAUCUAGAAACGUAUAAGAAAAAGAAAAUUCAACAACACUAUCUGUACUUACCAUACAUUUAAUAUACACAUUCCUUCCAUUUUUAAAGCAGAUGGUCCAGACACUGAAUUUUAAGAAUGAGAUGAUGGGGAAAUGUUAUUUUGUUCUGUAUGUAGCACACUAUUGUUCAUAAGAACCAAUAGGCUUUGCCUGGUUAAAAUUCUUGGUAGGAUAUUUUGAUAGAAAAAUGACAGCACAUAUGUGUUAUUGAAAGUUGUUCUUCCCACUUACAAAUGCUGCAACUCAAAUUACUGUGGUUUUUGUGUUGGAUGGGAUAUGGAAUCUUUGUUGGCAAUUUGGACUUGUUCAGUUGUCUGAAAUAGACAUUGUAUCAACCUUCCUUUCUAAUUCUUUUAUUAGUCAGAUAAACAUUUCUUCACUGAAUGUUAAUAAUUGAAUUACAGAUUGUGGAGGACUGAAAUGUCAAUGACAUUGUACUCUAGGUCAGUCAUGGAAUCCAAGGAUAUGAGCUAAAUAAACAUGAUGCAGGGGUAGCAAAAUGUAGACUUCUUGGCAAGUCUGAUUAGCUAUAUACAAAGGGAGCAGAAUCUUGAACAGUGUUAAAUGUCAUUUGUUAAAUCAGAUUGGUAGAUACGAGCAAUAAAUAUAUUAAAUAAGAAAA